AUGAUGCAGAAGAGCAUUAAACUUAGUGACCUAAUGUCUCUGGAGGGGCAUAUCAAGUUGCUAUUAGCCCUCCUGCAUGUGCACUUCACCUCUUCAGUGCCAAACUCCACCAUGGACUCUUUGGAACCUAAGGCACUGCGAGCGUUGGUCUCUAAGUUUAGCAAUGCCGUAGAGGAACAUAUUGCAUCCAUGGAGCAGAAUCAUCCUAUUUCUCUUUGCAUCCUUGCAGAGGCCCGAAACAUCCUACAGACACUAACCUCGCCAGAACAAAUGCAGAAACAUUAUUUUCUCGAUGUGCGUGACAAAGAUUGUUUGCUUGCCGAACUGAAGACUGAUACAGUGAAGAUGAUGGUAUUUCCAGCGCUUCGAACAUUCCUGAAGCUUAAUAUCCUGGAUUUAAUACCCGCCGAAGGCUCGUUAUCUCUUUCAGAACUAUCUAGAGCUUCUGGGGCUCAGGAAUCACUGUUAGGUAUUUUCACCAAUGUUGUCGACUGCAAUUAUUUUUCUGCUAACCAGAUGCAUAGACAGAAUAGGCCGCAUUCUCGGUACGACGUGGUGUUCAAGUCCCUGGUCCCAUUUGAUGAGUACCUCGCAGAACGAGGUCAGCUUGAGCAUGCACAGGAGCCCGAUGAUAUCGCAUAUAAUCCGUACACCUGGAGGCACGGCCAGGAUGGAACGAAGCUUUGGGAUGUCAUGGCUCAGAAGCCCGCGGAGCUCCAAAUUUUCCAGGCUGCUUUGCCAGCGUUUGAUAUGUUUGUUCCCGUGGUUGGACAUUUCGAUUUUGGUCUUUUGCAGUGUGCCGAACCAGAUGAUCGGGAGAGAAUGGAGUUAGUGGAUGUUGGUGGUGGGCAGGGAAGUUGUCUUAAACAGAUCCUGCACCAUUAUCCGAAGCUGACUGCGAGCAAAUGUGUAUUGCAAGAUACGAAGGAGAAUAUUGAUGCUGCUAAGGAAAAUUCUGAAUUGCCCUCUGGGCUAAAUUUGAUGGAGCACAACUUCUGGAAGGAGCAGCCCAUUAGAGGCGCGAAAGGCUAUUUGAUGCGGUAUAUCUUGCAUAACUACCAGGACGGCGCUUGUAUUUGUAUUCUUUCACACCUUGCUAAAGCUAUGGAGAUUGAUUCGCGCCUUCUGAUAUGUGAGACUAUACUACCUAAUUGUGUGAGAGAAGCCGACUUUGGCGCCGUUGCUCUCGACAUGUACAUGCUCUGCUGUGGUGGGAAGGAACGAACAACGGAGGGAUUUGAGUCGCUAUUGGAACAAGUUGACUUGGAGUGGGUGAAGGUGUCGACACCCACGCCGAGCUCUUCCCCGGCACCCCCCCGCAAGCCCACUACCCGCAAGGCCACCGCUACCCUGCCCUGCUCACCCUCCCCUGAGGGGCUCCGGCCUCUGCCGAUGAAUGAUGGCAAGAUUGACGCUGCAGCUGUUCGCAAGGUUGGUAUUAGAAAGAGUGGUAAGCGUGCGCCCUGUCUGAAGUGCCGCAAGAAUAAGAUUACUUGUGGCAGCACUAAUAUCUGUGACUUCUGGGACUAUUUUAAGUUGCCAGAGGAGAGUGAGGAAGAGGAUAAUAAUACUAAGGAGGAUAAUAGUAACUAG